AUGUUUAGAUUCAGUCUCUUUCUCGUAUUUCUUACUGCAUUAUCUGGAAUACAUGCAAGUCCGGUUGAAUACGAUGCUCUUAGGUGCUCAGGGAAUCUAUCAGCGACCGAUGUAGAUCUAGUUCAUUUCGCGAUGAACUUGGAGUUCACCGAAGCUGAAUUCUUCUUGAAAGCGUCUACCGGAAAAGGACUCGAUGCAUUUAAUGCAACACUUGCUAAAGGUGGACCAGCCCCGAUUGGGGCCAAGAGGGCCAACCUUGAUCCUAUAACUAAUCGCAUCAUCGAAGAGUUUGGUUAUCAAGAAAUUGGCCAUCUUAGGGCGAUUGCAGAUAUGACGGGAGGGAUUCCGCGUCCGCUGCUGAAUUUAACGAGAGAGAAUUUUGCGAUGUUUAUGGACAGAGCGGUUGGACGUAGAUCAAAGCCGCGGUUCGAUCCUUAUGCGAACUCACUCAACUAUCUUUUAGCUUCAUACUAUAUCCCUUAUGUUGGCCUCACUGGUUACGUCGGUGCCAUUCCUUACCUUGUCUACUUCAACAUCAAACGGCUUGUGGCGGGUCUUUUGGGGGUGGAAUCGGGUCAAGACGCAGUGAUAAGGACGCUCCUUUACGAGAGACAAGACGAGACGGUGGAGGAAUACGGAGGAGUCACGGUGGCUGAGCUGACGAACGAGAUAUCUAACCUCCGUAACGAACUCGGUAUGUGUGGAAUCAAAGACGAAGGUUUGUGCGUGCCACUGUGGUUAGGUGCGGAGAAUCGCACCACCAGCAACAUCCUCUCCGCCGAUCCAUACUCUCUCUCUUAUGACCGAACACCACAGGAAAUCCUAAGGGUUAUGUACGGCACCGGCAAUGAGCACUGUCCCGGUGGCUUUUGGCCGUGUGGUGCCAACGGGAGAAUCGCGAGGAUGUUUCUUAAAAAGGGGUGUCAUGGUAAUGACGAUGCAUGUUCAGAUUAUUGA